AUCUUGAAAGUACAGAUCUUGAAAGUACAGAUCUUGAAAGUACAGAUCAUGAAAGUACAGAUCUUGAAAGUACAGAUCAUGAAAGUACAGAUCUUGAAAGUACAGACCUUAAAAGUACAGAUCUUGAAAGUACAGAUCAUGAAAGUACAGAUCUUGAACGUACAGAUCAUGAAAGUACAGAUCUUGAAAUUACAGACCUUAAAAGUACAGAUCUUGAAAGUACAGAUCUUAAAAGUACAGACCUUAAAAGUACAGAUCUUGAAAGUACAGAUCAUGAAAGUACAGAUCUUGAAAGUACAGAUCAUGAAAGUACAGAUCUUGAAAGUACAGAUCAUGAAAAUCUUGAAAGUACAGAUCAUGAAAGUACAGAUCUUGAAAGUACAGAUCAUGAAAGUACAGAUCUUGAGAGUACAGAUCUUGAAAGAACAGAUCUUGCAAGUACAUAUAUUGAAAGUAUAGAUAUUGAAAGUACAGAUCUUAAAAGUACAGAGCAUAAAAAUACAGAUCUUGAAAAUACAGAACUUGAAAGUAUAUAUUUUGAAAGUACAGAUCUUGAAAGUACGGAUCUUGAAAGUACAGAACUUGAAAGUAUAGAUCUUGAAAGUAUAGAUCUUAAAAGUACGGAUCUUGAAAGUAUAGAUCUUGAAAGUAUAGAUCUUAAAAGUAUAGAUCUUGAAAGUACGGAUCUUGAAAGUAUAGAUCUUGAAAGUAUAGAUCUUGAAAGUACGGAUCUUGAAAGUACGGAUCUUGAAAGUACAGAACUUGAAAGUAUAGAUCUUGAAAGUACGGAUCUUGAAAGUAUAGAUCUUGAAAGUAUAGAUCUUGAAAGUACGGAUCUUGAAAGUAUAGAUCUUAAAAGUACAGAUUAUGAAAGUACAGAUAUUAAAACUAAUAAUGCAGAAUAG